AAGCAUGGAGUCUAUUGUCGAACAGCAACGCAAACUUUUGGCGGAACUUAAUGUUCUACUAAGUCGUAGCCCAUUUCCAAUGAAACGAUCUCGCCUACUAAAAAUAGUGGCAUUAAAUAUUUUUUUACUCGAGCACAAUAUGCACAAAGAAUCACGUCGUGAAAUCCGCUACUAUGCAUUUAAUUUUUGCAAUCAGUUUCUGGGUCUGCUCUUACAGAAGUGCAAUCAAUUAUACGAAACAUUCAAAGUUGACAUAUUGGAUGGUGAAAUGCUUUGUAAUGCCGAUCUAAAUACGUUACUGCAAUAUAUAAACGUCUAUACAGACUGGUUGGCGCGUCAUGUGGACAUUUGGGAGGCAGUGCGCAGUGAAGAACAUAUCAUUAUUGAUUGCUGGACCGAAUGGGAGUGCUUUUAUCAAUUUCUUAGACGCAUGAUCGACGAAUCGGCCACAACUAAAUUGCCGCGCUGCGUUUUGGAAGAAGAGUUGUAUUUAUUGGGUUUUACACCGAUCGUGUCCACCACAAAUAACAGCAGUGUGCACAAGAAUCUGGACAUGCAUUCUUCAAAUGAUAGAGAGCAGUUCUUUCCACGAAUUUUAAAAAUAUACGCUUUUCAUGCACAGUACGAAAAAAAUCGAACGAAAUUGCAAAUGCGCAACGACACAUUUACAUUGGAAGAGCUCAACGGUGUUAUGGAGAAGGCGUUGUGCACGCUGCACAGUGACGAAGACGAUAACAGCGAAAAUAUUGUGGUAAAUGGCGAAAGCAUGGAAUUAACGCUCAAAGAGAUUAACUCGACAAAAACUGACGGUAUUGAGGAUGCGCAAAUUUCGCAAUUAUCAAAGAGGAAAAAGGAACUGGAGGCCCGGUCGAAUGUGAAGAAAAUGUAUAGCGCAAAACUUGAAGAAAUACUCAAAUUUGUCGACACCACGCUAUAUAUAGAAGUGCGCCCGAAGUAUCUAAUGCCAGAUACAAACUGUUUUAUAGAUUGUCUUGAUGAUUUCCAGAAGCUUAUAAAUGAAUAUAAGCGUUACAUACUCAUUAUACCACUAACUGGUAGGUUAUUGGGCAUGGUUCAAAUCCGAGUUGCAUAUAAUGCAUUAAAAUAUAAUUGA